GUCCUCCUCCCCCUGCCCCACCGGAGCCAGAUGAAGCCUUCAGGCCUAGGCCCCCUGAGCCUAGCCCCCCAGGAGCCCACGGGGAUCCUCCCCGUGAAGGUCGAGGAGGACGCGCUCUGGGGCCGGGGCCUCGCGCCCGGUCCCGAGACCGCCCGCCAGUGCUUCCGGGGCUUCCCCUACCAGGAGGCGGCCGGGCCCCGGGAGACCCUCUGCUGCCUCCGGGAGCUGUGCCGUCGGUGGCUGAGGCCCGAGCGGAGAACCAAGGAGCAGAUCCUGGAGCUGCUGGUGCUGGAGCAGUUCCUCACCGUCCUGCCCAGGGAGAUCCAGGCCUGGGUGCGGGAGUGGAGGCCGGAGAGCGGCGAGGAGGCCGUCACCCUGGUGGAGGGGCUGCAGAGGGAACCGGGGGUGCCGAGCCAGUGGGUCGUCUCAGAGAGGAUGGAGGCCCUCACUCUGCCGGUGGAUUUGCGGCCCAGAGGGCCGUCCCAGGAGGAGGGGGCUCGGGGCCCGGGACCCCAAGCGGAGCGGAGCCCCGUGGUGCAGGAGGACCGGCGAGCGGCUCCGCGGGACGGCGUUCGGCCUAUUUCCCGAGUUCCCGCCCUUUCCAAGGAAGAGUGUGACGGAGACCGGGGGAUGGCGGCCACCGCCGGCUCCCAGGGGCCGCUCACCUUCCGGGAUGGGCCCGAGCAGGAGCCGCAGCAACGGGACGGGCAGAAGCCGGGUGCCUGCGGAGAUCCGUCCGUCCGGGAGGAGGGAUGCGUGAGGGCGCCCUGGGGCCCCACGUCCGACGCUGCCUCCGAGCCGGGAGCUGGGGAAGGACCUUGGGCUUCCGGGCCGCGGCACUGGGAGCAGAGGGAGGCUGCCCGAGUGAUGCUCACAGGAGACCCGAGCGAGAGCGAGCCGAAGCCCCCCGGGGGCCCCGAGAGGGCCGAGCGGCCCGGCGCGCUUUCGGGGGGCGCCCCGGGCCCCGACCGCAGAGCCCCCGGCAAGGAGGAACCCGGGAGGGCCGUGGGGAGGAGAGCCGAGCUCCCCGUCCCGCGCUUCGUCAGCUUCCCCCUGGCCCUGGACCCGCACGCCCCGCCGGGCAAACCCUACGCCUGCCCCGAGUGCGGGAAGGGCUUCCUCAAGCCGGCCCACUUCAGCCGGCACCUGCGGAGCCACACGGGCGAGAAGCCCUACCGGUGCGCCGAGUGCGGGAAGAGCUUCGGCCGGAACGAGCACCUGAUCCGCCACCAGCGGACCCACCUCGGGGAGCGGCCCUUCAAGUUCCCCAAGUGCCGGAAGAGCUUCCUGUGGGCCGCCCACCCCCUGAGGCACCAGACCCGGGAGAAGCCCUACGAGUGCUGCCAGUGUGGCAAGAGCUUCUACUGGCGUGAGCACCUGAUUCGCCACCAGAAGACCCACACGGGCGAGAGACCCUACGGCUGCCGGGAGUGCGGGAAGAGCUUCGGCCGGCGGGAACACCUCAUCAGGCACCAGAGGACCCACGCCGGGGAGAAGCUCUUCCCCCGCCGCCCCCUCUGGGAGAGCUACCGGCAGGGAGCGGAGCUGGCCGUCCACCCGAGGGGCCUCCUGGCGGCCGGGCCCCUCGGGGCCGGCGCCUGCGGGAAGAGCUUCGGCCUCGGCCAGCACCGGCCGGCCCCCGUGGGAGAGGGGGUCUGACCCGGCGCCCUCCGUCCCGCUCCUCCCCCCCCCCCCCCGAGCACGGGUUCCUCCUCUCUGGCUUCUCCCCCGACCCCCGACCCCCGGCCUCGGCUGAGAGGAGGGGAGGAAGGAGAGAGAGUCGGGGGGCGUCGUCACCCCGGGGGGACUCGAGCGCUUUCGGAGGGGCGGGUUGGCUCGGCUCCACGGGGUCGGGGUGGCCUCCUCGGCCGGCCCGGUUGCCCUUUGGUAGGGGGAGGCCUCCGAGGGAUCGGGUUCCCCGGAAAACCCCCCGCCCUCUCCCGGGGCCGCGGCCCGGCCCUGGGCCCUUCCCGGGCCGCGGCGUGCUGCUCCCGGGGCCGGCCCCGUCUCCUUGGACCGAACGGUGCCCGGGAAACUCCCGCUCCUUCUGCCCCGUCCCCGUGAAGCCGCCCGGGAUUUGAUUCGGCUUCCUGGGGGUGAUCCGUCGGACUAGGAGUGGACGGCUGCCCCGCCCUGAGGGCCGGGGUUCUCCUGGAGCCAGACCGGCCCCGGGGUGGCCAAAGGGCAGCGACGACUUGUGGGCCGCCUGGCUGGCGCUCUCUCUCUCUCUCUCUCUCUCUCUCUCUCCUCCCCUUCUCUCUCUCUCUCUCCAGGCAGCUACCGGGGGGCAUCCCGGACCCCCCCGCCUGUGACUGUUUCCCCCCACAGAGACUCCGCGGAGGAAUACUUUGCCUCGGGGGCUG